UAAUUAUAAUGACAAUACAUGUUUCUCAUUUUAGAUUCGACUUCCACCUGAAGUAAAUCGGAUUUUGUAUAUAAGAAAUUUGCCUUACAAAAUCACAGCUGAAGAAAUGUAUGAUAUAUUUGGGAAAUACGGACCUAUUCGUCAAAUCAGAGUGGGGAACACACCUGAAACUAGAGGAACAGCUUAUGUGGUCUAUGAGGACAUCUUUGAUGCCAAGAAUGCAUGUGAUCACCUGUCCGGAUUCAACGUUUGUAACAGAUACCUCGUGGUUUUGUACUAUAAUGCCAACAGGGCAUUUCAGAAGAUGGACACAAAGAAGAAGGAAGAACAGUUGAAGCUUCUCAAGGAGAAAUAUGGCAUCAAUACAGAUCCACCAAAGUAAACUAUUUCUGCAUUUUUAUUUUGGACUGAAAACCCAUGAAUCACCACCCUACCCUUUUUCGAUUUUUAAUUAAUACUGAGUAUUGCAGUUUCUUGAGGUUCAGAAUUUCGUUCCUGAAACCUUGAUACAUGUUAGAAUAUAUUGUUAGUAAAGUUGCAGCUUUUUGUAAAACA